AUGUCCACCAAGACCAAGACCGCUGGCAAGCAGCGCAGCGCCAUCGCCGACGUCGUCGCGCGCGAGUACACCAUCCACCUCCACAAGCGUGUCCACGGUGUCUCCUUCAAGAAGAGGGCUCCCCGCGCCAUCAAGGAGAUCCGCGCUUUCGCUCAGAAGGCUAUGGGCACCUCCGACGUCCGCCUCGACCCCCAGCUGAACAAGAAGGUUUGGGAGGCCGGCAUCAAGGGCGUCCCGUUCCGUCUCCGCGUCCGCAUCAGCCGCAAGCGUAACGACGAGGAGGGCGCCAAGGAGAAGCUGUACUCGUACGUCCAGGCCGUCAACGUCAAGAACCCCAAGGGUCUCAACACCACCGUCGUCGAGGACGCUUAG